UUUUUGUUUCUUAGGACACAAACAAUAAAAUCUCAGUCGUUCGUAAUUGCGUCUUGCUGGAGUCUUACAAACCCACCGCUUCCUUGUUUCUCUCCCUCAUCUCUCUCAAUAAAUCUCUCCCUUCCUCUCUCAUCAUUCUCACAACAAAAAAAUGGCGUCUCUCUCAAACCUCAUGAAAAUUCUCCACACAAACACCCUUCCAAUCACACCUCUCAACUCCAUCCCUUCAAUUUCCCCACCGUCCAUCACAGUCUGCUUCCGAAACAAACAUUUCGGAAGACGGAUUGUGUUGGGCGAUGGUUUGAAGCGGAUGGUGUUUGUUCAUGCGAAUAUUAGUGAUGAUGAGUGGGGUACAGAUAAGGAUGAGAAUUCGGCUGGCGUGGCGGUUGCAGAGGCGAUAUUGCCGGAGAAAUUGACUGAUAGUGAGACUGAGAAACUGAAAAAGACUUUGGUUGAUUCGUUUUAUGGGACUGAUCGUGGACUUAAGGCGACGAGUGAAACGAGAGCUGAGAUUGUUGAGCUUAUUACUCAGCUUGAGGCUAAGAAUCCGACCCCUGCUUCUGCUGAUGCUUUAACUCUGCUUAAUGGAAAAUGGAUUCUCGCGUAUACAUCAUUUGCAGGUUUAUUUCCAUUGUUGUCAAGUGGACUAUUACCAUUACUCAAGGUUGAAGAAAUAUCUCAGACUAUUGACUCUGAAAGUUUAACAGUCCAAAACUCUGUUCUCUUUGCUGGUCCAUUGAGUACCACCUCCAUCAGUACAAAUGCCAAAUUCGAAGUUCGAAGUCCUAAUCGUCUGCAGAUCAAGUUUGAGGAAGGUAUCAUAGGAACUCCACAACUAACAGACUCAUUAGAGAUACCAGAAAAUGUGGAAUUUCUUGGACAAAAUGUUGAUCUCACACCUUUCAAAGGCAUACUUACUUCUGUCCAAAACACUGCUUCAUCAGUUGUGAAAACAAUUUCCAAUCAGCCUCCAUUGAAGAUUCCAAUUUCCAGCAGCAAUGCUGAAUCAUGGUUGCUUACUACAUAUCUUGAUGCUGAACUACGUAUCUCAAGGGGUGAUGGUGGUAGUGUGUUUGUUCUGAUCAAGGAAGGAAGCUCUCUUUUGACAAAUUAAAUAAAUUAUAUUGGUUUACUAUUUUGGUCAUUACUAGUAGUAUAUGUAAUAAAAUGUCCAAUUAUUUUCUUGAUAUUUAUAAGUAAAUAAAUAAGAUACAUUGUAUUAUAUUUAAUA